GAUUGAUGGCCCUGCAGCACUCCUGGCCAAGGUGGAAUAAAAGCCAGCUCAGGUCACCUGGCAUUAGUAGGAAUCUGCUCCCCAUGAAGAGAAAAUAUUCUGAAGGCAUGCCAGUCUACCUGUCAACCAGGAGCCCAUAAUGUCUUCUCACCUUCAGUGUGGCUCCAUGCUCUCCACUGAUGCCACUCCAACUUUCUUUGGUGCCAUGGGAAAAACCUGAAGCAUGAGCCGAGUCACCUCCAAACCUGUGGUCACUUCAGUGUUGCAUGACUGGUGCAGAGCAGACUUGGAAUUCGCUCUUGUGUGUUGCCCUUUGUAUCUGAACCAAAGAAUGUGCCUCGUUCUCUAGUGCGUUGGUGUCUGCUCUCUUCCUCAUUCAUUUCUGUCGCUUGUGCCUUCCCAUUGCCUUCUGUCAUCACGGGACACCCUUAAAAUUUCUCAGCGGACUCCUCGAGGGCUGGCCCAUGGCUCUCUAAGCCAGCUGUCCAAGGACUCUACCAUGAGGCACUGCAUUAAUUGCUGCAUCCAGCUGUUCCCUGAAGACACACACAAACAGCAAGUUGCCUGCCAAGGAGGCCCCCACCACAGUCAUCAGGCGUGCCCCACUUGCAAAGGAGAAAACAAAAUUCUGUUUCGUGUGGACAGUAAGCAGAUGAACUUGCUUGCUGUUCUCGAAGUGAGAACUGAGGGCAAUGAAAACUGGGGUGGGUUCUUGCGCUUCAGGAAGGGAAAGCGAUGUAGCCUGGUCUUUGGAUUGAUAAUAAUGACCUUGGUGAUGGCUUCUUACAUCCUUUCCGGGGCUCAUCAGGAACUUCUGAUUUCUUCCCCUUUCCACUCUGGGGCCUUUCCCAGCAACCCCAGUGUGAUGGACAGCGAGAACCCGAGUGACGUGAAAGAACAUCACUACCAGCCUUCUGUAAAUAACAUCUCCUAUGUGAAGGACUAUCCAAGCAUUAAACUGAUUAUCGACAGCAUCGCUGCCAGGAUUGAGUUCACAACCAGGCAGCUCCCGGACUUACAAGAUCUCAAGAGACAAGAGUUGCACAUGUUUUCCGUAAUCCCCAAUAAAUUCCUUCCGACUAGCAAGAGUCCUUGUUGGUAUGAGGAGUUCUCCGGCAGGAACACCACAGACCCCUACCUGACCAAUUCCUACGUGCUGUACUCCAAGCGGUUCCGCUCUACCUUUGACGCUCUGCGGAAGGCUUUCUGGGGCCACCUGUCCCAUGUGCGCGGCAAGCACUUCCGCCUGCGCUGCCUGCCCCACUUCUACAUCAUUGGUCAGCCCAAGUGCGGGACCACUGACCUCUAUGACCGCCUCCGGCUGCAUCCGGAAGUGAAAUUCUCAGCCAUCAAGGAGCCCCACUGGUGGACCAGGAAGCGCUUUGGAAUUGUCCGCCUGAGGGACGGACUUCGAGACCGCUACCCUGUGGAAGAUUACCUGGACCUCUUUGACUUGGCUGCACACCAGAUCCAUCAAGGACUGCAGGCUGCCUCUGCAGAGCAGCCGAGCAAGAUGAAUAAGAUCAUUAUUGGAGAGGCCAGUGCCUCCACAAUGUGGGAUAACAAUGCCUGGACCUUCUUCUAUGACAACAGCACAGAUGGUGAGCCACCAUUCCUGACCCAAGACUUCAUCCAUGCCUUUCAGCCUGAAGCCAAGCUCAUUGUCAUGCUCAGGGAUCCUGUGGAAAGGUUGUACUCAGACUAUCUCUACUUUGCAAGUUCAAAUAAAUCCGCAGAUGACUUCCAUGAGAAAGUGACGGAGGCUCUGCAGCUGUUUGAAAAUUGCAUGCUGGAUUAUUCACUGCGCGCCUGUGUCUACAACAACACCCUGAACAAUGCCAUGCCCGUGAGGCUCCAGGUCGGCCUGUAUGCUGUGUACCUUCUGGACUGGCUCACUGUCUUUAGUAAGGAGCAAUUCCUUAUUCUACGUCUGGAAGACCACGCAUCCAAUGUCAAGUAUACCAUGCACAAGGUCUUCCAGUUUUUAAACCUGGGGCCUCUAAGUGAGAAGCAAGAAGCUUUGAUGACCAAGAGUCCGGCAUCCAACACACGGCGUCCUGAGGAUCGUAGCCUGGGACCCAUGUGGCCAAUCACCCAGAAGAUCCUGAGGGAAUUCUACGGGCCUUUCAACACAAGACUGGCACAGGUCUUGGAGGAUGAAGCAUUUGCCUGGAAGACAACGUGAGAGCUGAGUCCCUUCUGCAGAAACUGGGCCCACUGAGUCUGUCAUUGCCAUGACUUUAAAAGUCUCCAGGUGGAGAACUGUCCCCCACAGUGUGGAGAAAACCGCUGGAACCCCACCCAGUCUUUUUCUCCCAAGGCACCUGUUGUAGGAACUAUUUUUGAAAAUUUCCUUGCCAUGUUCAGCGGUUCUGCUCUUGAUCACUAGGCUCUUCCACCUGCAGCCUUGGAAAGUACCCUGGGGGUAGGUUUCUGUCUGUUCCCAGAGUGCCCUGGAUCUCAGGAGGGUAAUGGAUCUCUGGCACCAAGUAGGUAGGAAGAGGAGGCCAUGGGAGGCCACAGACCAGCCCUGCCUUCCUUCCUCCAGGAGAGUUUGUCUGGGUGUAGGGUUGGACAGCUCUGGGAUCUGAUUAAGGCCAUGCUCUGGGGCUAUCCUUCACAUGUUGUAUCCCAGCAGGCCUUGCAUAAAUUGAUAACCCCAUGUGGGCAGAGAACGGAGCUGCUUGGAGAAUGGAGGCUCUUUUAUUUUUCUUUGUAUUUCCAAGUCAGCCCUUCAGUGACAUCAGAAAUAAGCCCAGUUCCCUUUGCUGAGCUCAGAAGAAACCCAGAAGUCAGCUUUUGGCAGCAGGCUCAUCUCUCUGACCUGCUCUGCCGGUAGACUUUGUUUAUGCCCAGCAUAGAGAAGAAGCGUUUUUAAACAAACUGCUUCUUGCACUUGACUGCCCUGCCUCUCUUUUCUGCUUUUUUGGAUGUUUUCCUCAAGGAAUUCAGUUUAUAUUUGGAAAGGGAAGUUUUGCUGUUAAUGCCAGAAUAGAACAACCUCAAGGCGUGGAACAGUGGAAAAGGAAGUGAAGCUCUCCCCAUUUGUGGAGGGUCACUGGAGAGUAUGAGGAUGCUUCAGUUUUUGGUUCUGGCUGGUUACAGGCUCCCCUCCAUCUUCCUGUUGGAGGAUUCUUUUAUCCACAUUCUCUGUCACGUACAGCCAAAGUUCUGAAACUCACUAAGGAUGAGUCUCAAGACACCCAUGUCCUCAGAAACAUCUCACAAACUAAGUUCGGGUCACAUGUGGUGUGACUAGGAGAUAGCUUUGCUCUUAUGGACCUUUCCAGGCCUGUUAGCAGCUUGGUUUGCAAUGGAUAUGCUGAAAGUCUUGUCAUUUU